UCCGAACCAAAGCAAAAUAACACUGUCCCAUUCCAACUUCACAAAUCAUAAUUUCAUUUUUUUUCUCUUUUCAUUCUUCAGCUUCGAAGAAAAAUGCAAUUUUGCGUUUCAUUGUUUUUCACUCUGUGAUCAAUUUUCACAGAACAAAGAUUUCUUGUUUUUUCUUCUAUUGUUGUUGAUUUUGAUUGUUGAUUGUUGAUGAUCAUCAUGGAGAAUUGUUCAAGAAGUGGUGUUCAUGAUUUCACUAUGGCUUCAAGAAAAGCUGAAGAAGCAACUUGGAGACGUUAUGAGGCAACACAAUGGCUUGAAAAUCAAGUGGGUCCUCUUGGAAUAUCAAAUCAACCAACUGAGAGAGAUCUUGUUUCUUGCUUGAGAAAUGGUUUGAUUCUUUGUAAGGCUAUUAACAAGAUUCAUCCAGGUGCAGUGCCAAAGGUUGUGGAUAAUCAAGUGCCAUUGCAAUCACUUACAUGGGAUUCCCAGCCUUUGCCAGCUUAUCAGUAUUUUGAAAAUGUCAGAAACUUUCUGGAUGCUGCUGCAGAAUUAAAGGUUCCAGCUUUCGAAGCUUCUGAUCUCGAAAGGGAAAGUGUAGAGAAUGGAUCAGCAGGAAAAAUUGUUGAUUGCAUUCUAUCACUUAAAGGGUUUCAUGAGUCAAAGCAGAUGGGCAAUCAGAGUGGAAGCAAACACGUGAAAUCUCCUUUAGUUUUGCAAUCAAUCAGUAGAUUGCAACAAAGAGCCACAACUGCAUUACCCUCUGAUGCAUGCAGGCGCUUGGAUUUGUCUGCAACAUCGGAAAAAAAGCCUCCUGCUGAGAAUAAUUCUCAAAAACGGGAAGCAGAAAUUACAGAAUCACUUGUCAAGAUACUAGUUGACCGUAUGCUUGAUGCCAAAGAAAAUAUCGACGGAAAACUUGUUGCUUCUCUUUGUAAUGGAGACAUGUGUUUACUGCAGGAUCCAUUAAUCCUAUUUAAUCAGAUUUUGACUAGUUAUUGUGGGGAACAGCCAUCUAUGAAGGUCCCUGAGUUGCCAUUGCUACUAAAGAAUUUUACAAAAGAAGGGAGUAGCUUACCACCUGAUUUCACUUCCAAACCGACAGAAUCAAAUGCUCUCUCUGCAAGUCAAAUUUCCAAGUGUUACAGAGCUUGCCCCGGAAAGUGCACAUGCAAUCACAAGCAUCUCAUAGACAUACAGGAAAAAGAACUUCAGGAUCUCAAGGCUUUGAAAUUGAAAGUUAAGAAUGAGUUUGAAGAGAUGCAAUCACAGGUUCAGAAAUUUUUCAAUGAUAUAGGAAGUCAAGUAAAUGAGAUGUCAACCAAAGCUCUUGGUUAUCACAAAGUAGUAGAAGAGAACAGAAAACUAUACAACAUGGUCCAAGAUUUGAAAGGUAAUAUUCGAGUUUACUGCAGAAUCAGACCUGCAUUCAGUUCCGAAUCCAAGAAUGUUGUUGAUUUCAUUGGGGAAGACGGUUCUCUAUUCAUUAUAGAUCCAUCUAAAACACUAAAAGAUGGAAGAAAACUUUUUCAAUUUAAUCGGAUUUUCGGUCCAACAGCUGGCCAAGACGAGGUUUAUCGAGACACUCAACCUUUAAUUAGGUCUGUGAUGGAUGGAUACAACGUUUGUAUUUUUGCUUAUGGUCAAACGGGAUCUGGGAAGACUCACACCAUGAGCGGUCCUUCCGACGGAACAUCCAAGGAUAUGGGGAUCAAUUAUCUGGCUCUCAAUGAUUUGUUUCAAAUGUCUAAUGAAAGGAGGGACAAUAUAAAGUAUGACAUUUAUGUCCAAAUGGUUGAGAUUUACAAUGAACAAGUAAGAGACCUACUUGCAGAGGACAAAACAGAAAACAAAUUAGAGAUCCGGAGCUGCAACGAUGAUGGGUUGAGCCUUCCUGAUGCUAGAUUGCGGUCAGUAAACUCUACCACUGAUGUUCUGACCCUCAUGAAACUUGGCGAGGUUAACCGCGCCGUCAGUUCUACAGCAAUAAACAAUAGGAGUAGUCGUUCACACAGUGUACUUACGGUGCAUAUCAAUGGCAAAGAUACAUCUGGCAACUCCAUUCGAAGUUGUCUUCAUUUAGUAGACCUUGCUGGAAGCGAAAGAGUUGACAAGUCUGAAGUCACAGGAGAUAGACUUAAGGAAGCGCUAUAUAUUAACAAGUCUCUUUCUUGUUUGGGAGAUGUGAUCACAGCACUGGCACAGAAGAAUUCUCACAUUCCUUACAGGAAUAGCAAACUCACACUACUUUUGCAGGACUCGUUAGGUGGACAUGCUAAAACUUUGAUGUUUGCACAUGUGAGUCCCGAAGCAGAUUCCUUUAGUGAAACAGUGAGUACUCUAAAAUUUGCUCAGAGGGUUUCCACUGUGGAACUUGGUGCAGCCCGGAUGAACAAAGAAAGCAGUGAAGUUAUGCAACUUAAAGCACAGGUUGAGAACCUUAAGAUUGCAUUGGCAAACAAAGAAAAUUCAAGACCAAUGUUUAAUAAAACUAAAGAGCCUCUCACUCCAGUAGAAAAAACUCCACUGCGCCUGCGAAGACUUAGUAUUGAGAAUUGCAGCACGGUAAAGACUGACAAACCUGUGAAAGCUGAGGAUAAAACUGGAGCCAAAUCACCUUCUUACAUUCCCCGUUCAAGACGGCUAAGCUUGGAAGGUCCAAGAACUAUUAAAAAAGCAUCAUCUGAUGUAAACAAAACUUUACAGUUUGAGCCAAUGUCUCAACAGAAAUAUCGUCUACAGCAAGAUCCAGAAGCAGUGUCAAAGCUAAAUGGCCAAUUGAGCAAUGGCAAUUCCAGAUCAGAUGUGCAUGUUAAAGCUCCUUCAAGUCCUACAAACAUGUAUCAGAAGAGGUUGAUAAAAGUUGAUAGUGGAGUCCAAAUACACCCUCUUCAACUACCUAAAACACCUGAACAACAAUUGCUAGAUAAAAAUGAUUCAAACCGAAUUGUGCCAACUGACCUUGCUGAUUCCAUAACAACAAAGGCGAUUGGUAGCACAAAUGGAAAAGGAUCCCAGCUAAGAAGAUCCCUUAGAACAAUUGGGAAACUGAUUAAUGGCCCUGAUAAGAAGAGCCAACAAAUUAUGGUUGAAGUGAAGUCACCUAUCAAGAGCAGCAAUCAUGCAAAUCAGAUAAAGUCGCCAAUAGCAGCAAGUGAGAGGAAAAAAAGGAGGCAAUCUUUAACAGGAAUUCAACCAUCCGGGCCUAACAAUUCGCGAAGAUCUUCUCUUGGAGGAGUGAAACCGGUCCCAGUAGCAUAUGAGAAGGAGAGAAAUGCUAGAACACCUCCUCCUGUUCAUUCAGAAAGCAAAACUUCAAAACGGUGGCUAUAGGAGGAUAAUAGGUGCUU